UGUCACCCUGUAGAAUUAAUAGUCGACUUUCGUUCUCAAAAUCAGCUGUAUUUGAUUAACAUUUUCAUUUGGAGUGUAAACAAAAAUUUAGGAAACAAAUGGAAAAGAAGGGUAAUACAAAUAAGACAGUUCCUUCGGAUUCGGCAUCAAAAAAUUCAAACUCUACUGAAGCAGCUCUAGAUGAACCACUUUUUCCGAUAGCGCCAGGAAAAACUCGUCCAAACUAUGGCACCAAUAACACCUUAGAGCUUUUAGAACGCAUUCCCACAGAAGUCGUUAAUUUAAAGUUAGAUGAUGUAUUGACUGCAGUAAAAGAUGUAGAUAACUUAUGCGAUUAUGCGCGAUGCAAAACAAAAACAAAACUUAUGGGCCAAGAUUGUGAGCUAUGCCGUAAACGAUUUUGCUUCAAACACGGAUUGCCGGAGGUCCAUGGAUGUGGAGAGGCAGUAAAACGAGAGGAAAGAGUCAAAUUCUUACACCCUAAACCAGUCAAGACCGUCCGCGAAGAAGCUGAUCUUGCACAGGCUAAGAAAAAGUUACAAGCCAAAUUAAAAGAUAUGCAAGUUGGACGUAUGCAAAAAGUAAAUGGUGGUCCUCCGAUGGUCGUGAAAGGUGGCAAAGGUGGAGUUGAUGGAAGUGGUACAGGCGAUGGAAAGGGAGCAAAGCGGAAGAAAGGGAAAUAAGUAAUAUAUAUAAAUGUAAUGUAAAACGCGAACAAGUUUAGUAUACAAAAUCAAUAAAAAAAUAAAAAUUCUCGUCAAUUUAUAUAUGAA